AUGGUCUUACGCGCAUCAAUGAUACCCCUACUUUUUUUCUUUUUCUCGCUUCGGGCCAUUAGGCCUGUUGCAGCUCAAGACUGCUCAACCGACGUCACAAUCACGAGCCAAGCGGACGCCAACCGAUACUUUGACGACUGCAACGACAUUCGAGGCAAACUAACAAUCUCAUCCGAUGCAACAGGGACGCUCGACCUCGACGGCCUCGAAGAGGUCUAUGGUGACCUCGUCAUCGAGAACACAGGGCUCACGGGUAUCACAAUACCAGACAUCGAGACCAUCACGGGAACCCUCUCGGUAACCGGCAAUGAACAGCUCACGCAGUUAGGGCUCGAGAGCGUAGCCACUAUAGGCGGGGAUUUGACAGUUCAGGAUAACAAUGCGCUGGUCGAUUUGACCAUGAAUAACCUCGAGCGAGUGACGGGGGGUCUGCAUCUAAGUGGCGGGUUCAACACUCUCUCCUUUAGAAGGCUCGAGCAAGUCAGCGGCCAGUCCUCGAUCGUCACAACAGGCUCUGCGACAUGCGCCGCAAUCGACCAGCUCAAUUCCUCCUCCGGGGGUGGCGGCGACGACGAUAACAACAAUUCCGGUCCCGUCUUCCAGAACUCGUACACAUGCACGACGGAGACUGCAUCUCCCUCGACAACUUCUACCGCGACCUCCUCCGCCUCAACCUCAUCAACAACAUCAUCGUCAACGACCUCCCCCGAGGCCACCCAAACCGACGCCGCAAUCGCAAACCCAGGCUCAGACUCGAGUCUCAGCGGCGGCGCAAUAGCCGGUAUAGUCGUGGGCGUCAUCGUCGGUGUGAUCAUCUGCCUCGCCCUCAUCUGGCUGUUCCUCCGCGAACGACGCAAGAAUCGAGCUGCGACCGCCGCUGCUGCCGCUGGCGCUGCUGGUACCGCAGGAGCCCUAACCGCAAAGGACGAGGAGAAGCAGCCGAGCCAGAGCACCAGUCCUACGACGACGGACCCUUCAUCCGGCGGUGGGUUCGCUGCUGGCGCUGAUGCGGCCGCUGUUAGUGCCGGUGUUGCUGUAGCAGGAGCAGGCGCAAUCCCGCGCCGUCCCGUCUCAACAGCGCCAACAGACCCCUCGUCACACUCGCCCACAUCCACUGACCCGUCGUCGACAAUCCCUUCCUCGCUCACACCGGGAACCGCGACGAACCGCUCUUCAAUGCCCGUCCCACCCUCCCUGAUCUCGGGUAUUAACGGCGGCGCCGCACCGCCUUUCCCACCACCAGGCGUCGGUCCCAGAGCUGGACCAGGAGGUGACACUCGAGGUCUCGGCGAAGGCGACGGGUUAUUCUUCACGACCGCAACACCGAUGGCUGGCCGCCCGCCGCCACGGCAGCGUCGACCGAGCGAGUCCGAGGUGCCGAUGCUGGAUAGCGGGGAUGUGCAUGAGGUUUCAGGAGUUGGUGUCGCGAGGAAUAGAGGGGAGAGGGUUGGUGAGAGGGUUGGUGAGAGGGUUGGUGAGAGGGUUGUUGGGGGCGGGGAGACGUUUGAGUUGGAUGGUGGGUUUGAGGGGGCGAGGCAUCAGAGGGCAAUUCACGCGGAAGGGGAAAGUCCGACUUAA